AUGAAGCGAUACGGACAACACCUUUUUCCUGAUAACGUUUUGAAGGCGAUGUCUGAAGACCUUUACUACAUUGGAAUACACAUAAGACGAGGCAUGGAUAUCGACAUGAACGAAAAAAAUCGUCGACAUGGACAUAUAGCUGCUCCUGCAGAUUACUACAAACGAGCUAUGGAUGUUGCCAAGAGUGGGAAGGAAAAUGCAAGUUUCAACAUCUCAUUGAACUCCUAG